AUGGUUUUAUAUGUUUCUAUAAUUCAAGUUGGAAAUGAACAGAUUACUGAUGAAGGGUCCUCUGAUGAUGAAGAAGCUAGGUUACGUGAGCAACUGAAAGAGAGCAUUAAGCACUUCAUAAAGCUCUACGACAACCAUUUUGGAGGCCUUCAAAAGAACAUUGAUGAGCUUCGUGAUAUUGCAAAAGAGGUGGACUAUUUUCACAAGAAUGUCACUAUUGCCAAAAUUACUGGAGGAGCUGCCAGUGCUGCAGGGGGGAUUGCAACUAUUGCUGGAUUGGUGCUGGCUCCCUUCACCAUGGGGACAUCCGUUGUGAUCUCGGGUGUAGCAAUGACUCUGAAAAUGGCAGGGGAAAUAACCAGUGCUGCAGCUACUUUUUCAGAUAACGUAAACAGUACAGAAAAACAAAAAAGAGUAGAACAGAUUAUAGAGAGUUAUGAGAAGAACUUUCAGCUUAUUGCAGAAUGUGUGCAAAAUAUCUACACCUGCAUAAAUUUGAUUUAUUCCAAGUUCAUGAAAAAGAAAGCUUUUAAGAAAAAAGAUGAAGGAAAUUGUUCUGGAUUAUACAAAUUAUUAGAGUCGAGAAAAUUGAAAGAGUUUCUCCCCAGUGCUGUGCGGGUGACCAGACUGGCAAAAGGGCUACUGUCCAUCUUCUCCCUAGGGCUGGAUGUUUAUGAUAUUACAACAAAUACCAUUGAGCUUCAAAAUGGAGCAAAAACUGAACUUGGAGCUGAAACUCGUAAAGUGGCAGAUGAAUGGCAAUGUGAAUUGCAAGAACUAAAAAAUAUUAAAGAAGAAUGUCUAAAAAUUAUCUCCAGUAACCCUGAUUCAUAA